UGAGGUGGUGGGUCCCAAGCGGUUCGCUCGAGGCUUCUCCCUUCACCUGCUUUUUGCCUUUCUCCUUUUGGAGUUGACACCAUCCUCUCCGGCGAACUACCGGCGACCGCUGCCGCCGUCUGAUCCUUAAUCCCGCAAUCUAUCUCCGCGUCAACUCCUAUCCGGAUUCUUCUUCCCCUCUCUCCUCGUCUCCUUCCUGCAGUUUAUGACUAAUAGAGCGGCGCCCGAACAAGAAGAAGGCGCGGAAUCAUCGUCCACAGAGGAGCGGGGCGAGUCAUUGAGAUUAUUGAUCCAGGAGUCGGAAGUAGAUGAUGAAUCAUUUGAUAAAGGAUGGAUUGAUCGAAGGAAGAAGAAGAAGGAGAGGGUGAAAAGGUUUCUAUCCCAUCCCAUUCGGCAGCUCGAGGAACUCUACAUUGACAACAAGAAUAAGAGGAAGGAGAGAAGGUUGGGGAGGCAGCCCUCCGUUCCCUUCCCCUACGCCUACGAUGACCCCGCCACCUCCAUCGUCUGCUAUUCCUGCCUCCGCCCGCCCCCGAUCUCGGACGAUUUUCCUCCCGGAGAGAUCCUUGAGGCCACAACCAAACCCUCCCUCUCCUCCUAUCGCGACUUCCUCAAGUCUAUGCUUGAAAAGAACGAUUUUUACUCCAAAGAGUGCAACGUCCAUCGCGACGUCCUGCCGCAAAGACGGAACAUGAGUCGAGACCUUUCCAUGGCGAACAAUUUGCCUGAGACCAAAUACUUGUCAAGAUAUCCUUAGAAGAGGUACAACCGGCCUUCUUAUUCCUACUGCAUCUCACAUUCUAUACGAAGAUGCCUUUUUAAAAGAAAGAAAAAAGAGAGUUUGUGGGUAGAUUUCCCCCUCGCUUUUUCAUUAAGGUGUGGAAGAAAGUGUACUGAAUCAGAUUCUUGUUGUAUAUGGAUGAAUAUCACAAUUGCUCCCCUGCAUCUGCUUCAUCUCAGAUCUUAUCAAAUGAAUACUGAGCUAGCUCCUUUGCUGAAAAACAGUAAAAGAAAAGGUCAUGUCUGACAAUGUUGUUGUUGUUGUAUAUCAUUUAGUCAGUAAUUAUAAUUUGUUUGAAUGUGAUGGUAAAAUCUUAUGUAGGACCGAAACAACCAACUAGGUUAUGCAACAGGUAUUGUGACAACUGACGCCGCAGCCUUUAUAAUUUCC